AUGACUGAUGAAGAAACUGAGGAGUUUAUUGAAGAACCCCAGGAGGUAGUGGAGGAGAUGAAAAUCCGUCAAGGAAAAGAUCUUUGUAAACAAGAUGUGUUACGAGGAAGUACAACCAUCCAGGACGCUGAGAAUUUGGCCAUCAAAUUACUUGCAACAAUUACAUUUGAAGAAGAAAAUGGUGAUUGGGAGUUUAUAGAGCAUGGACUGAUGGAAGAAACUGAGGAGUUUAUUGAAGAACCCCAGGAGGUAGUGGAGGAGAUGAAAAUCCGUCAAGGAAAAGAUCUUUGUAAACAAGAUGUGUUACGAGGCAGUACAACCAUACAGGACGCUGAGAAUUUGGCCAUCAAAUUACUUGCAACAAGAGGGCUGAUCAAUGAUGGCGUAUGCCGAAGCAUUUUCACGGCUGUUCAACAGGGGAAUAAUGGAACUGAUGCAGACAAGGCAGUAAAACUGGUUUUCCAGGAUGCUGAAUCUGAUGGAGAGCAAGAAUCAAAGUUGAUGUCAAAGCAUUCAAUGGAUCAAAUUUUGUUCAGGCCAAGAAGCAAUGGCUCCGAAGUCAGGAUGCACCGAAAGAAACACGUAAAACAAGGAUAUUCGGCUUCAGUACCGUGGUUUCAACUGGGGAAUUACUAG